GAGCCGCCGCCGGGAGCGCGGGCCCGGCACCGCCGCGCCGCCAUGGGCAACCGGGGCAUGGAGGAGCUCAUCCCGCUGGUCAACAAGCUGCAGGACGCCUUCAGCUCCAUCGGGCAGAGCUGCCACCUCGACCUGCCGCAGAUCGCCGUGGUGGGCGGGCAGAGCGCCGGCAAGAGCUCGGUGCUCGAGAACUUCGUGGGCCGGGAUUUCCUUCCCCGUGGCUCUGGGAUCGUCACCCGCCGGCCUCUGAUCCUGCAGCUCAUCUUCUCCAAGACGGAAUAUGCCGAGUUCCUGCACUGCAAGUCCAAGAAGUUCACGGAUUUCGACGAGGUGCGGCAGGAGAUCGAGGCGGAGACCGACCGGGUGACGGGCACCAACAAGGGCAUCUCCCCCGUGCCCAUCAACCUGCGCGUGUACUCGCCCCACGUGCUGAACCUGACCCUGAUCGACCUGCCCGGGAUCACCAAGGUGCCCGUGGGGGAUCAGCCGCAGGACAUCGAGUUCCAGAUCCGCGACAUGAUCCUGCAGUUCAUCAGCAGGGAGAGCAGCCUGAUCCUGGCCGUCACCCCGGCCAACAUGGACCUGGCCAACUCGGACGCGCUCAAGAUGGCCAAGGAGGUGGACCCGCAGGGCCUGAGGACCAUCGGGGUCAUCACCAAGCUGGACCUGAUGGACGAAGGCACCGACGCCCGGGACGUGCUGGAGAACAAACUGCUGCCCCUGCGGAGAGGCUACAUCGGCGUGGUGAACCGCAGCCAGAAGGACAUCGAUGGCAAGAAGGACAUCAGGGCUGCGCUGGCUGCAGAGCGCAAAUUCUUCCUGUCACACCCGGCCUACCGGCACAUGGCCGAGCGCAUGGGCACGCCGCACCUGCAGAGGGUGCUCAACCAGCAACUGACCAACCACAUCCGGGAGUCGCUGCCCUCGCUGCGCAGCAAGCUGCAGAGCCAGCUGCUGUCCCUGGAGAAGGAGGUGGAGGAGUACAAGAACUUCCGACCCGACGACCCCGCCAGGAAAACCAAAGCCCUGCUGCAGAUGGUGCAGCAGUUUGGGGUGGACUUUGAGAAGAGGAUCGAGGGCUCGGGGGACCAGGUGGACACUCUGGAGCUCUCCGGGGGCGCCAGGAUCAACCGGAUUUUCCACGAGAGGUUCCCCUUCGAGCUGGUCAAGAUGGAAUUUGACGAGAAGGACCUGAGGCGGGAGAUCAGCUACGCCAUCAAGAACAUCCACGGGGUGAGGACGGGGCUGUUCACUCCAGACCUGGCCUUCGAGGCCAUUGUGAAGAAGCAGGUGGUGAAGCUGAAGGAGCCGUGCCUGAAAUGUGUGGAUCUGGUGAUCCAGGAGCUCAUCAACACCGUGCGCCAGUGCACCAGUAAGCUGGGCUCGUACCCCAGGCUGCGGGAGGAGACCGAGCGCAUCGUCACCACCCACAUCCGGGAGCGCGAGGGCAAAACCAAGGACCAGAUCCUGCUGCUCAUCGACAUCGAGCUCUCCUACAUCAACACCAACCACGAGGAUUUCAUCGGCUUUGCCAACGCCCAGCAGCGGAACACUCAGAUCAACAAGAAGAGAGCGAUCCCAAACCAGGGGGAGAUCCUGGUGAUCCGCCGGGGCUGGCUCACCAUCAACAACAUCAGCAUCAUGAAGGGCGGCUCCAAGGAGUACUGGUUCGUGCUCACGGCCGAGUCGCUCUCCUGGUACAAGGACGAGGAGGAGAAGGAGAAGAAGUACAUGCUGCCUUUGGACAACCUGAAAAUCAGGGACGUGGAGAAGGGAUUCAUGUCCACCAAGCACAUCUUUGCCAUCUUCAACACGGAGCAGAGGAACGUGUACAAGGACCUGCGGCAGAUCGAGCUGGCCUGCGACUCGCAGGAGGACGUGGACAGCUGGAAAGCCUCCUUCCUGCGGGCAGGGGUCUAUCCCGAGAAGGACCAGACGGAGAGCGAGGACGGCGCCCAGGAGAACACCUUCUCCAUGGACCCGCAGCUGGAGCGGCAGGUGGAGACCAUCCGCAACCUCGUGGACUCCUACGUGGGGAUCAUCAACAAAUCCAUCCGGGACCUGAUGCCAAAGACCAUCAUGCACCUCAUGAUCAACAAUACCAAGGAUUUCAUCCACUCGGAGCUGCUGGCCUUCCUGUACUCGUCGUCGGACCAGGGCAGCCUGAUGGAGGAGUCGGCGGAGCAGGCGCAGCGCCGGGACGAGAUGCUGCGCAUGUACCACGCGCUCAAGGAGGCGCUGGCCAUCAUCGGGGACAUCAGCACCAGCACCGUGUCCACGCCCGUGCCCCCGCCCGUGGACGACACCUGGCUGCAGCCCGGCGCCGGCCACAGCCCGCCCCCGCAGCGCCGGCCGCCCUCGGCCCUGCUGCCCCCCGGCCGCCCCCCGUCCCUGCGCGCCCCGGCCCCGGGGCCGCCGCUGCUGCCGCUGCCCGGGGGGGCCCCGCCCGGGCCGGCCCCGCCCGCCUUCGCCGCGCCCCCCAUCCCGUCCCGCCUCGGCCCCUUCGCCGCCGCCGCCAGCGACCCCUUCACGGCCCCGCCCCAGAUCCCCGCCCGGCCCGCGCGCAUCCCGCCCGGCAUCCCGCCCGGCGUGCCCAGCCCCCCGUUCCCCCACAGGAGGCCCCCGGCGGCCCCGAGCCGCCCGACCAUCAUCCGCCCUGCCGAGCCCUCCCUGCUGGAUUAACCCGGGAUCCGCGGGAUCCUCACCCUGCCCCGUGCCACCAACAGCGCCCCAAAACGGGGGAGAAACGGGAAAAAUGGGGAAAAAACUACCCAGAGCCAGCCCGGAGCGAGCCUGGGGCUGAUCCUGGGGUGAUUCUAAAUCCGGGGCUGAUCCUGGAUCCCAUCCCAGGGUGAUCCCAGAUCCUGGGGCUGCUCCUGGGAUGUUCCCAAAUCCUGGGCUGAUCCUGGAUCCCAUCCUGGGCUGAUCCCAGAUCUUGGGGCUGAUUCUGGACUGAUCCCUGAUCCCAUCCCAGGGUGAUCCCAGAUCUUGGGGCUGAUCCCGGAUCCCCUCCCGGGCUGAUCCCAGGCUGAUCCCCGUCCCCGUCCCGUCGGGGGCAGCUCCCGGGCAGGUCCCUGCAGCUGAUCCUGGCAGCUCCGGGGCCCCCCCGGUGCCCCCCGGGCCGGGGCAGUUUUGGGAUUUUGGGAACUUUGCACUUUGUGAGAAUUCCCCAGGGGGGGAGGGAGGGC